AUGAAUUAUUAAAGCAUUUACAAAAUAUUAGAAAAUAACAUUCUAUAUAAAUAACUACUGUAAAUUUUUUUAAUCGAGAACCCAUUUUAUUUCUAAUUCUAAACAUACUAAUUUAAUUAUUUGAAGCUAAAUUUACUGUUUAAUAAUUCGUUCUAAAUCUGAAGAUCUUAAUAUAAAUUGUUCCUAUGAUAAGACUAUUAAGUUCUGGUAUCUAUGUAGCACAUCUACUUAACUCUUUUGGUCUUGCUUAUAAACGAUAGCAACAAAAGAAUAAAUUAAUGGAUUAUCAUUAAAUCCUGAAGGAAAUAAAUUGAUCUCAUGUGGACUAAACAACAAAACUUAGAUAAUAGAAGAAAUAGAUAAAUUUAAAUGGUAAAUUAAAUAGAGUAUAAAUUUAUAUUGUUGUGGAUUUAGGUUGAGUUUCAUUAACAAUAGAAAUUUUGUAUUUUAACCAACCAGGAGAUUUGAAGAAUGUGUACAUUCAACACAAAACUAAAUAAUUUAUUAAAUCAAAAUAAAUUGUGAUUCAAGGAGGAUCAUAAACUUGUUAAUAGCGUUUUCCAUAGAUCUAUAAUGAUUCAAAACAAAUUCUUAUUUCAAAAAAUGGAUACAAUGUAAAUAUUUCAAGUUUUUUUUUCAACACAUCUUCAUUUUCUAAUAUUGAUUGUAAAUUAGAAUAAUCUAUAAAUUAAAAUUCAGAUUCAGAUGGAUUUGUUGUUGGAACAUUAUCCUAAAAUGGAAAAUAUUUAAUAACAUGGGAUAAAGAUUCAAAUUAAUUACUAAUAAGAUAAUUUAUUGAAUAAAAAUAAAUCUUAUAUUAUUCAAAAUAAUAAUAAUUUUUUUAAUGA